GAAAAGUCCGCCCCGAACCCGCUCUUCUCUUCCUUCUCCUUUCCCUUCCUACGGAGAACGAGGGAAGAAGGGGAAGCCCCAAGAAUCCAAACCUUCUAGGGUUAGGGUCAGGGUUUCCUUUUUAUUCUAUCCAACUCCAAAUCAGAUGGGAUUACUUCGAUUCCUUCCCCUCCUCCUCGUCCUCUCCGCCAUCGCCUCCGCGGCCGCCUCCCAAUCCGUCCUCCGGAUGGUCUCUGAGGGCCCGCCUUGCGGCGACGGCGACGACCUCUACUGCGACAGCUGGCGGCUCUCCGAGGAGACCAACAACGCCGGCUACUGGAAGACGAUUCCGGCCAGAUGCCUCCAGUUCGUGGCGGAGUACAUGAACGGCGAUCGCUUCGCAUCGGACUCCGCCGUAGUCGCCGCCGAGUCCCUGGCCUUCGCCCAGACCGUUCAGGUCGUCGGCGACGGGAAGGACGUCUGGAUCUUUGACGUCGAUGAGACGCUGCUCUCCAACCUCCCCUAUUACGCCGUCAACGGAUACGGGUCAGAGGAUUUCAACGAGACGACAUUCGAUGAGUGGGUGAAUCUGGCAAAGGCGCCGGCUUUGCCGGCGAGUUUGAGGCUGUAUGAGGAGCUCCUGGGUCUAGGAUUUCAGGUGGUCCUUCUGACCGGCCGUGUCGAGGCUCAAAGGAAUGUCACUGCAGAGAAUCUAUCGUUCGCAGGAUACCAUUCUUGGAAUAGGCUCAUUUUGAGGGAAGAUUCUGAUAUUGGCAAGAAAGCAGUGAGAUAUAAAUCAGGGAGACGGGCAGAGUUGGAAGCUCAAGGAUACAGGAUCCAUGGGAACUCUGGGGAUCAAUGGAGUGACUUGUUGGGUUCACCUAUGGCCAUGCGAUCCUUCAAACUCCCCAAUCCCAUGUACUACAUUCAAUGAUAUUGUUUGGAAAAGGACUAAGCAAUUUGUUGAAUCUUUUCCAAAUUCAUACAAUUAUAUUGUAAACGUAUUAUUUGUAAGAACAAUGAUUCCACAAAUUGUUUGUACCCUGGCACCGCGAACAUAUAUUUGAAGCUGCAACAGCAGACAAUGUGUCAUCAGAGAGCUGAGGUUUAUCGAAGGCAUGACACAUCUAAGUUAA